CUUUGGUACAGUACACUCCUGAAUGACCAUUGUUCUUGAGAGACAUAAAUCUGUGCGACGGUACACAAUUACACCACUUCAGGGUUAAUCGUUGAUCUUUGGUUGUCAACCGCAAAGUCGUUGUGAGUACAUGGUUGGUUACCCUACCUGCGAGUGCGGAUACGCGAUUGCUGGUUUGGAUCGCUGGGUUUGGAUUGGUUUUUGAUUCCUUGCUGAGCCGCGAAACGGCUGGUACGAGGGUGCUUGAGGGUACCUAGGUACUUUGGAAUUGACAAUUCAGAUAGAGAACAGAUAGAGAAGGGUAGGUAGGUACGAGACGAGAUGGCACCAGGACGGGUACCCCAACCGGGUAGUAUCCACCAUCUGGCACGACAACAUAUUCCUCCGGGUGCGCAGCUGGAGGGAGACUACUUCUUUGUCAUGGUCCUGCCUCAUGAUGAGCGUUUGGAGACUUGUGCGACGGAGAAGCAUAUUUGGUAUAAGGUUAAAUCGGUAUGUAUUGUACCUGCCCUGCUCCUUCCCCUCCAUUAGCUCCUUCCGUUUCAAUUCUUUGAUGUGGGAGGGAAGGCGCAUUGUGCAUUGUGCAGAUGCUAAGGACAGAUAGAAAUACACGAUUGCCAAACUCAAGGAUGAAUAUUACAAACGCAACUACCACCAGGUCAAUCUGUUCUAUGAUGGUGUCGGGGUUGGUGAUAUUCUGUAAGUCCAGACUCUGAACUUCUUUGGGGAUCAUAUUGUGGCUUUUACGGCGAGACUUGCUGAGAGAAAUCCGCUGGCGCCGGUCGCGAGUGGAUCGCCGGCGAUGAAUUUGAUGAUUCAGAGUCCUGUGGCUGUGGGGGUGGUGAAGAGUGAGCAUAGAGAUUUUGGCAGUGGUGUUUAUGGUGUGCCUCGUACUUCAACUCCGAGUUCGACAUUGGCUUCACAUCACCGAACAUUGGCUGUCAAGCCUGAGCCUGGUAUGUAUUUCCCUUUCUUUUUUUCCCCCAACUCCAGGGUUUACAUGAACUGAUUGUGUGCCUCUAGUUGGCAGUCCAGCUACCCCUCAGCGAAACAUCAAUGCGCCGACCCCCUCGUCUGUCCCUCGUCACACACCACAAGAUAAUGGAAACCAAGACAAGAUGGAUACCGACGACGAGCCUCUUCCAGAGUUGGCUCGUGGUCAAAUCGCCAACAGACUUCAUGAACUUAUCGAGACGGCAACCCCGGAUGCUCUCGAGGCAGAGGUCAGAAGCAACAAGGCAUUCAUUGAAAGUUUGUUGAAACCUUUCGAAGCAAGUGGUGUGGCUUCUCAGGAUUCCAAGCAUUGGGUUACACAAUUGAAUACUUUGGAGAACCACAAUGUUCAUACGCCCACCAUUAUUGGUGUGGUGGGAAAUACUGGGGCGGGAAAAUCGAGUGUUAUCAAUGCUAUUCUUGAUGAGGAGAGAUUGGUUCCUACUAAUUGCAGUACGUUCUUUAGAUAUCUUUCUUUGCCCUACAAUGCUUUCCGAUGUUCGGGAGAAAAUGCUAACUUUGCAACAGUGAGAGCUUGUACUGCUGUGGUUACGGAGAUGUCGUUUAACCAUUCUGAGAACGAAAGAGAGAAGUACCGUGCAGAAAUCGAGUUCAUCAAGCCAGAGGAUUGGGAGAAGGAUCUUCAGCUUUCUCUGUCUGAACUAAAGAAUGACAGUGGCGGAGUAAGUUGCGGACCUCUCAUUAUCCAAACUUCAUUAUUAAUCAUCAAACUAGCUUUCAAGUGACUACACUACUCCUGACUCCGAAGCUGGAAUUGCCUAUGCCAAGAUCAAGGCUGGUAAGUGACGUUCGUGAAACCGUUUAUGUCGGACAUUUGCUAAGUUUAUACCUAAUAGUCUAUCCACGCAAGACCCGGGAGAUGCUCGCUUCUUGUACUGUUGAGCAAUUGAUGAACGAAACUGCCAUCAAGAAAGUUCUUGGUACGACGAUUAAAGUCGCAAAGCCUAAGCCGGAUGGUUUUUAUCGAGAGCUUCAAUCGUAUGUCGAUAGCAAGGAGAAGUCUGGUGAUAAGAAGAAGAAGAAAAAGAAGGUUUGUUUUACUCUCUUGAUCGCCCGCGACAUGGAUGCUGGGAAUAUAUCUUACCCAAGUAUAUGAUUUCGAUUGCUGACUUGUAUCGUUAAAGGGAGAGAAGAGCGAACCAAAGACGAUGGAGUUUUGGCCCAUGAUCAAAGUCGUCAGAAUCUAUGUCAAAGCAGACGCCUUAUCAACUGGAGCAAUUCUUAUUGAUCUCCCAGGUAUUCACGACUCCAAUGCGGCACGCGCUGCUGUUGCUGCUGGAUAUCUUAAGAAGUGCACAGGACUUGUAAGUUUCAAAGUACAAAUAUAUAACGAGUUAAAGCUAAUUGAAUUUUCAGUGGGUUGUGGCCCCCUAUCGGAAGAGCAGUUGAUGAUAAGGCUGCGAAGAACCUCCUUGGCGAGUCUUUCAAGCGGCAACUCAAGUAUGAUGGAAUCUACUCUCGUGUAACCUUCAUCUGCUCUAAGACGGAUGACAUUUCCAUCACUGAAGCUUCUGACAGCUUGGGCUUGGAAGAUCAGAUGGCUGAUGAUUGGAAAACCAUGGACUCCAUCAAAGAUAAGAAGAAGGAAUUGAAGAAGGCCAUUGAGGAUACUCAAGAGUCUAAAGCCGUCUACGCCGAAAUCAUCAAUGACGCGGAUGAUCAGAUUGAGAUUUGGGAGGCAAGUUUACCUACACGUGUGUGGAUCAAUGGUAGACUAACAUUGGAAAUAGAAAUUACUGGAAGAGCUCCACGAUGGCAAGACUGUAUACGCCCCAUCGACAGCUCCAGAAAAGAAGAGAAAGCGAUCUGCCAAGCCUGAGAAAUCUAAUAAGAAAGCUAAGAAAUCCAAGUCCAAGGAACAAGAAGGUAGUGACGAUGACGACGAUUUCAUCGAUGAUGGUGAUGAAGAUGAAGAUGCCGAAGAGAACGAGAAUAGCGACGAGGACGAGGACGAGGCUGGUUCUGAUGCCGAAAGUAAUGCCGGUUCUACCUCAGACAAGGGCGAUCCUUUGACUGAGGAGGCAAUCGAGGAGAAAAUCACCCAACUAAAGGGCGACAAAAAGAAUGCCCGUCGGGAGCGUGCGGAAAUUGACCUCAAGGUCAAGGCUCUCAAGGAGGAACAAACUGCCUUGACGAAGACCUAUGAAGAAUUGGAGACCAAGAUGAGCGCCGUUUGCAUUGCUGGCAGAAAUGACUACUCCAAGACGGCAAUCCAGACAGACUUUGCUGCUGGCAUGAAGGAGCUCGAUCAAGAAAACGCCCAAGAGGAAGACGAAGAGACGUUCAACCCAGACGAGGAUAUCAGAGACUACGAGGAAGUAGCUCGUUCACUCCCUGUUUUCUGCGUUAGUUCUCGAGCUUACCAAAAGCUGUGUGGUCGAAUGCAACGUGAUGCCAAUGUCCCUGGAUUCAGAACUGCUGAAGAAACAGAGGUACCGCAGCUUAAGGCUCACUGCAAGAAGCUUACGGAGGGUGGUCGUGCUUCCAAUUGCCGCCGCUUCUUGACGGAUCUGAGUCAAUUGAUCAACUCAUUGACGCUUUGGUCUUCUAACGAUGGUACUGGUCUCAACAUGUCAAGUACACAGAUGGCUGCCGAGUCACGAUUCUUGAAGAGCCGACUUCAAAACUUGGAAAAGAAUUUGGACAAGUCCGUGACAGAAUGUCUCAAAGAAAUGAAGCAGACUCUUGCCGAAAAUAUUUUUGACAGUUUUGAUGGAGUAGUUCAGCAAGCUGUCACCGACGCCAAUACUACAUCCACACGGUGGGGUGAUCGGCAUAUGGGCGGGUUCUACUGGGCCACAUACAAAGCCUUGUGUCGUAGAAAUGGUGUCUUUGCCAACAAGAAUGGAGAGCAUGAUCUCAAUCACCAACUCACGGAGCCUAUCAUCAAGGGGCUGGCUAACAAUUGGGAAAAAGCCUUUGCUCGUAAAGUUCCUCAUGUUCUGGCAAGCUUUGCGAGAAAGAGCAAGACUUUGCUUCAUCAAUUCCACAAGGAGAUUGAGGGUCGCAGUCAGAAGGCUGGACUUGGAGUUGCGGGUUUGGGAAUGCUCGGUCAACAACUUCGUAAUUAUGAAGCUACCUUUGCUCAAUUGGGCCAAGCUAUGGGUUAGUAGAUCACUAAUUUCAUCGUGUCCUGGACGUCUUUUCUGGACUUUUGCUAAUAAAUGUUGUAGUCGAGCUUAUCAGCAAUGCACAACGAGAGGCCAAUCGCGAGUUUACACCCGUUGUUGCCGAGGCUCUCGUGAGUAGCUACGAGUUCUGUGCUGCUGAAGUUGGACCAGGUAAGAGAAGGAAUCCUCACUUAAUAGAAAGCGUAUUAAUCCAACCCAGGUCAAUUCGUUCGCAUGAAGCGUCACAUGAACGACCACAUUGAGCAAAACAAGACCACCAUGUUCCAACAAAGCGUCGAUGGUGUCAAGGCUAGAUUGACAGCCAUGUGUCGCUCGGUGGAGAAUGAAAUGGCCAGCAAGGCGGAAGAAGUCUGGUCAACAAUGAAUCGUGAUUAUACCCAGGUCAUCUCGGGAACUCAACUUCCUGAUGGCGAGCAGAUGCCGAAAUGGGAACGUCUUCUUCGAGCUGAGCUCGCGAAGAUUAUUCGUGAGCGUGGUGAGUUUUUGACCAAGGCGGCGGCGAUCAAGGCCACGGAUGAGGCGGCUAAGGCUACGGCUACGGCUGCUUAUCUUGCCGUACUUGAGGGCGAAGCUGGGGGUGAGGGAGAUGGUGAGGGUGGAGAUAAGGAUAAGGAUGAGACGGUGGAGGAGAGUGCGAUGGAGAGUGCGAUGGAGAGUGCGAUGGAGAGUGCGAUGGAUUAGUAGGUGCUCUUUGCUAUGUGACUGUGGAUUGCGAAAACAAAUGUGACUAGUAUCUUUGUCAUGAUGGCGUUUUUUGGUCGGAUAUGGUAUGGGAUGGAUCUGGUGCUAUCACUCCGCCUGAUGGAUCUGGCUCUGGACUGUACAAUAUCCGUGUUUCUUGGGGGGAUUUGGGGGAGAUCUGGCGUUCAGCUGGCUGGUCUUGUUUUGUUUUGUCCUGAUACCAUGGUCUUCGUUUUUCUUUUUUUACAAGUGGG